CUUCAGUAAGCAUGUUUCUCAACACCCUGACACCGAAGUUCUACGUUGCUCUGACAGGCACCUCCUCCCUCAUAUCGGGACUCAUUUUGAUCUUUGAGUGGUGGUAUUUUAGGAAAUAUGGUACCUCCUUUAUAGAGCAAGUAUCUGUGAGCCACCUGCGCCCUCUGCUGGGUGGAGUGGACAACAACUCUCCCAGCAAUUCCAACACCAGCAAUGGGGAAACUGACUCCAACCGGCAAAGUGUGUCUGAAUGCAAAGUGUGGAGAAAUCCGCUGAACUUGUUUCGUGGUGCUGAAUACAACCGGUAUACAUGGGUGACAGGACGAGAGCCGCUGACAUAUUAUGAUAUGAAUUUGUCAGCACAAGACCAUCAAACUUUUUUUACCUGUGACUCAGACCACCUCCGCCCUGCUGAUGCAAUCAUGCAGAAAGCAUGGAGGGAGAGGAACCCACAGGCCCGUAUAUCUGCUGCACAUGAAGCUCUGGAGCUUGAAGAUUGUGUGACAGCGUACAUCCUUCUUGCAGAAGAAGAAGCCACCACCAUCAUGGAGGCUGAGCGUUUGUUUAAACAGGCAUUAAAGGCUGGAGAGAGCUGUUACCGGCGCAGUCAGCAGCUCCAGCAUCACGGCACACAGUAUGAAGCCCAGCACAGAAGGGAUACAAACGUGUUGGUGUACAUAAAGAGAAGAUUGGCCAUGUGCUCGAGAAAACUGGGUCGAACCAGAGAAGCAGUUAAAAUGAUGAGAGAUUUGUGUGUUUUCCAGUUAAUGAAGGAGUUCCCUCUUCUCAGUAUGUUCAACAUCCACGAGAACCUGCUGGAGUCGCUGCUAGAGCUCCAGAACUAUGCUGAUGUCCAGGCCGUUCUGGCCAAAUAUGACGAUAUUAGCUUACCAAAAUCUGCAACAAUAUGUUACACAGCAGCCUUGCUCAAAGCCAGGGCGGUAUCAGACAAGUUCUCUCCAGAGGCAGCGUCCAGGCGAGGACUGAGCACAGCAGAAAUGAACGCAGUAGAAGCUAUCCACAGAGCAGUGGAGUUCAACCCUCACGUCCCCAAAUAUCUGCUGGAGAUGAAGAGUCUUAUUCUUCCUCCAGAACACAUCCUGAAGCGAGGUGACAGUGAGGCCAUCGCCUACGCCUUCUUCCACCUGCAGCACUGGAAGAGGGUUGAGGGGGCGCUCAACCUGUUGCAUUGCACCUGGGAGGGCACAUUCAGAAUGAUACCAUACCCUCUGGAGAAGGGUCAUCUGUUCUAUCCAUAUCCCAUCUGCACAGAGACAGCUGACAGAGAGCUUUUACCCAUGUUUCACGAGGUGUCAGUGUAUCCAAAGAAGGAGCUCCCGUUCUUCAUCCUGUUCACUGCCGGCCUCUGCUCCUUCACCGCCAUGUUGGCUCUCCUCACACACCAGUUUCCUGAACUCAUGGGAGUGUUCGCUAAAGCAUUUCUCAGCACGCUGUUUGCUCCUCUGAACUUCAUCAUGGAGAAGGUGGAGAGUAUCCUCCCAUCCAGCCUCUGGCACCAACUCACCCGCAUCUAAGCCUGGACCAGGAGCUUACCUCCGUCCAGACGCAAACAGCUGGACUGAAACCAGAACGCUGUGCUGGACUGGACUGACACGUUUGUGCCAAGAUGACAGAGUUCAAACCAAGUCUGGGUGUCAGAGACCAGGCGAGGACCAUCGGAGGUGUUGCAUAAAUCAAAAAGGCGAAAACAGUGGAACUCCAUUCAAUUUUGACUUUAUUGAUAUGUUUGCAAUUUUGGGGUUUUCAGUCAUUCAAAGUUGUUCUUUUGUUGUAUAAAAACAGGUGAUCAAUUGGCAUUAUUAAAACUGUGAAAAGACCAAAAAUACAAUAAAGGACUUUUUGUGUA